AUGCUCUACAAGUGUGCCUAUUCACAUCUUUACCUCUUGUACCUGUGGUUAUCGUUCUACUUGCACGUUGUGGUGUUGUCCGCUGGGGUCGGGGAUACCGUGCGGAAACAUUUGUCCAAUGUCAGUGUUAGUAAGAAUUUAAACCAAUAUGUUAUGCAAAAUUCAUCAAGCGUCUUUCAGUUACACGAGUCACCUAAAAAGCGUAUACACGAAUGGACCAAUAAUGAGUUUUUCAGGAGGACAAAGUCAAAUAAGAGAUUGCAGUUGCUCAAUGCGUUGGAAUCGAACGUUCUUUUCGGCGUAGCCGACAAACGAAGUCCGCUCCAUCAGCGAGUGUUUGUGUAUGGUCACGACGACAGAUUAGCAAUCGACCCAUCCCGUGUAAAACAUUAUCCUUACUUUAACAUCGUACGACUUUUGGGCGGUGGUGUCGGCUGUACCGGAACGCUCCUCACGCCGACUUACGUCCUUACGGCCGCCCACUGUGUCCACAAUGGCGACACUUUUAAACCGAAACUGGGAUUGCUCAAAGUUUUUAUACCGCAUAGCCAUGGAGAUCUGGUGCGUUUUAUCAGUAACAUUAGCGUUCCGUCACAGUGGGGUAGGGCUGGUGCUAGUGCUAAACGUGCAAAGUAUGAUUAUGCAGUCUUGCAUCUAAAUCUCGCCGUAUAUGGCCGCCAUGAUUUCAUGCCUCUGCACGUGCCGAGCCAAAGACUUAUAAAUGAAGACCUGUACUUCCUCGGGUUUCAUUACGACACGGCAUCCAUGGCUAAAACAAAAUGUUCAGAAUCUCUGAAACAUCUCAUGUACGGAAAUAAUGUCCUGUUGAGUCAGUGUGAUUCCAGUGUUGGCAAUUCUGGAGCGACACUCUUCUAUGAGAACCCCCGUACGCGCGAGAGGAAAAUCAUAGGCUUGGUGUCCAACACGGCCGACUUAAGAAAAUCAAACCGUUGGUACCGUGUGACCUAUAUCACCCUGCUCACCCCAGACAAGAUCAAAGACAUCUGUGACUUGGUAUUUCCGGAGGGGAUCGAGUACAAUGUUUGUCCCCCGUUCACGUAUCGAAAGCAAUCACGUGAUUCCAUCAUAUGGUAG